CGAAUAUGUAGAUAAGAUGGACUUCCAUUAUCCAGAAGUGGAAUUUUUAACGAAAGACGAUCGUAUGGAUCAUGAUAAUAACGAUUUCGAUCAAACAUUCUCCGCAUCUCAAACAUACAGCGUUAUCAACAAAGACAAGGAUGUUAGAAUUGACCGAAAAAGAUUCCCAAGGCUCAGGAAAAAAACCCAAAAUUCAACGUUCACCCUAUUCAAACCCGUGGCGCUUUCGUACGUGCAAAAAAUUCCAAAACCCCCCAGGACGCAACUCGAAAAAGAAUAUUCCCGAUACCAGGAAAUAUCCACAGAAACCACCGAACCGCCGCAACCAGCAGAAAACAUCAACAACAUAUUAAAUAAAUACAUAAACGAUCUCUACAAUAAAUCAUCAAACGAACCAACAACCGAAAACUCAAAUUUCGAAAGCGAUACGCAACCUUACGACGAUCCUUCCAACUCGGCUGAGACCAAAUUUUUUGACAAGUCCAUUUGGCUAGCUAAGAAAAAGAAACUCCUGAAAUUCCAGAAACUUCUCGGUUUAUUCACCAUAGUGCAAUUUAAUAACUCGGAAUGCAAUGCAAAUAGCGUCACCGGGUCGUACUCGGGAAUUUGCUACACUAGUACCGAGUGCACCAGACUCGAAGGAACCGCCUUCGGGGAUUGCGCUUAUGGAUAUGGAGUAUGCUGCGUCUUUAGAGGAUCCUGUGGAAGCACGCUAUCUCAGAACUGCAGCUACUUCGAGAGCCCGAAUUAUCCCGAUUACUAUCCCCCAGGAGGUGGUGUAAUUAUCCCGACUACGGCUGCUCCGCCAACUACCGCAAAUCCUUCACCAACUCCGGAUCCCAGAUGGGGCUGGAUGAAUUACGACAAUAACGAGUAUAAUUAUAAUACUUAUGAUGUCGAAUUAUUAAGGCAAAGCAGCGAUUUUACGUUAAAUUGCAUUGUUACCGUAAACAAAAUUAACAGCGAUAUAACUAAGAUGAAAAUAGACUUUGUGGAUUUCGAGUUAGCAGGACCGACAAAUGGAACUUGUACUAUAGAGAGAUUGGUAAUUACCGGUCAGAAUAUAAACAACAUGAUUCCUGCUAUUUGCGGUUAUAAUACAGGUCAAUCCAUUUACGUGGACGUUUCACAAUCGGACUCAAUAAAAUUAAUGGUUUUGUCUACAAUGGCAUUCAAGAAACGAUUUAAGAUAAGAAUAUGUCAAUUCACAGACCUAUGCAUGGCAGAUAACUGCUUGCAGUAUUAUACGGGCGUCACAGGAACGAUAUCGUCGUUCAACUACGAUCAAGCCAUCAUGUUAAACAGAAGUGUUCCAGGUUAUUUUAACAACAUGAACUAUGCCAUCUGCAUUAAAAGAGAGCCUGGUUACUGUUCCAUAACGUACACGAACGUAGCGAACGGUAUCGAAUAUCCCUUUAAUUUGGUCAAUGUCGUGAAUGGUGUUUCGACGGUACCCCAGAACAUGGCAGGAGUCGACGUGGUGGAUUGUCCCAACGAUUACAUCGGAAUCGACACUACCAGACUUUGCGGUUACAAGUUUAACGACGGCUCCGUUACUGCCAAUUUGAGCUUAAACGCUCCCGUUACAGAUACGAAUUUAGGUCCAAUUGUUAUACCAGUACGAACUAACGCAGCAGCUGUGGGCUAUGGUUUCAAGUUAUUCUAUACGCAAAAUCGGUGUAAAGUGUAAAUUAGCGAUUGCAUUAAUCAUCUAAUAUGAUUAUAGAAAAUUAUAGCUACUUUUUAAGUUUAUUUAUUGUACUGAAUCCGCUAUUUAUGUAUUG